GCACCGUUGAUUCGAUUAUAGUAGUAAUGAUGUUACGUUAAAAACGUGUAACCCGGGGGCUGAGCAAAUGGUCUGAGCAGGCCCAGGGGCCCGUGUCAUCAGGAGACAGGCGUUUAAAAUAUCAACACACCCGAUAAUAUGAGUACGGCUGCGUACGCACCUGCGUGACGGGGGAACACCAGCAGCACGAGCACAGGCAGUGGAACUAGCAGUGGCGGCGGCCGCCAUCGCCCGGCGACUCUUCUACACGUCCGGGUAUCGGUCGCGUACGAUAAAUAUAUGAUUAGAAAUAUUGUCGGCCGCGCACCAAACAAUCGACAAACGGAUACAAAGUCGAGUUUGAAAAAAAACAAACAAACCGAACGGAUUACGCCGUCGCGGACCACCACCGCCCGCAACGCAUUCUUCUCAUCAAGAUAACAACAACAACAACAACAACAGAUAAAUGUGAAUUAUUUUAUAUAUUUUUAUCGCGACAGUAUUAAUAAUUUAUCAUUAAAUCGCGAUCCAUCCGGAGCCAGCGCGGUAGUGUAUGCUGCCGCAUUAACGGAACACGGGUCGUCGUCGUCGUAGCAGCAGCAGUAGCCGGGCCAGUUUAUCAAUAAAUUCAUAGACAAAAUGAUUCAACCGUCCGUCACAUUCAGCAGAAUGAUCUGUCAGAGAGGAUUACACGGUGCUAGCAAAAAGUUGGAUAGUCUCAUCAGAGUUAAUCAUGCCGGAGAAUUGGGAGCUGAUCGCAUUUAUGCCGGUCAGAUGGCGGUGUUAGGAAACAGUGAGGUAGGUCCCAAAAUAAAAGAAAUGUGGGAACAAGAAAAAGUGCAUAGAAACAAGUUUGAGCAACUCAUACAACAACGUAGAGUGCGGCCAUCGGCAUUGUUUCCACUAUGGCAUUGUGCUGGCUAUAUACUUGGCGCUGGCACGGCACUUAUGGGUCCCAAAGCUGCGAUGGCCUGCACGGUAGCCGUAGAAACUGUAAUCGUGAACCAUUACAAUGAACAACUGCGGGAGUUGAUGGCUGAUCCGACAUCGGAUAAGGAACUGCUAGACACUAUAAAACAAUUUAGGGACGAAGAACAAGAACAUCACGACUGUGGUAUCGAACAUGGUGCUGAACAAGCUCCAUUAUAUAACGUAUUGACAGAAGUAAUAAAAACCGGCUGCAAGGUGGCCAUUGAAGUCGCCAAACGAGUUUAAAGGAGAGUUUUUAGUUUUUGUAAUUGAUUUUUAUACUCAAAAGUUAAGUUUAAAAAGUAUAACAUAGUUAUAUUAUCUAAUUUUUAUAAGUAAAUAAAUGUAUGUGUUAAAAAUAAA